GUCAGUAGUGGGGUGCCACAGCACGGACACAGCCGCCUGAGGCUUAGUUAACAAGACGUCAACACAGAAGCGGGAAAAUCGUCAGCUAUUGACGUUGCGACUUUCCCGCUCCUACUGGAGCCUGACGACUUGCCACACACCAGGUCCCAUGAAGCGCUGUCUCCCACAGCCUCGGGCUAGUACUCACAAGGCUGCGCCUGGUUUUCCUGUUCUUGAGCCAUAGUCCGAGGUUCCUCAUUAGAUUUUCCUGUCUCGCCCGACAAUGUCAUGGCUCGAAGAGGUAAACGCCGUAGCCGUACGCUUUUUGGAGCCUCGUUGGUACAUCCAAUUGUAGAGGUUUAGAGUAUCGGCUGGGCAGCACAGCUGAAGCCACAUCUCAACGCAUACACUUGCUAUUUCAGUGAUUUGUUCUUGCUUCGAUAAUAGACGAAGACAGACAUAUUAAGAUGUUGUAUAGGUGAAACUGCUCGUAAGUACUCUGUUUGGCUCGGCCGGGAAUGGAUGCCGUGUUCUUGGGGCUUCACCGGGGUCGGUAGCCGAGAGCCUCGUCCAUGCGGCUCUGGUUGCGCGUCACGGCAACAGCGAAAGUCAAGUAAAGUGCUUACUGAGGCUGUACUUUGAAUGCCGAUCGAACCGAAUUGUGGGCGCAACAUUUGCCCAAACUAGCAACAUCCGUGAAGUACCCAACGCCCACACGUAUGUCCAUAUUGCUAUGGGCUGCGUUGGGCCGCGGGUUCUAUACCUAUGUCGUGCGGAUUCUGUACGCCUCUAAACAAUACGGAAUGUAUACUUUCCGGACAAGUAUACCCGAUAUCGUCUAGCUGCUCAAACUGUACAGCCACAGAGCCGCACUCGCCAAACCGCCCAGUGGUUAUAAAUAUAAGAGUAGUUCGCCGUGCUGCUCUAUAACAACAAUCCAUCUUGGCAACUCGAUUUGUAUACUCAGCUUCCUCAUUCUAUCAUUCACUAUGAAGUUUAGCAGUUCAAUCUUAGCCGCCUGCUAUGCAGGUCUUUGCAUGGCUCGACUAGGGAGGCUCAUUCCUAGGGAUCUUUCCAAGGACCAAGAUCCUGUGGACCCCAUGUAUCAACUGUCUGUUGAUGAAGAUUUCCACUUUGAAAUCAUUCGCAUGCUUGGCAUAGCUCCUUAUGAAGGCGCCGACAUUGCUGAGGUUCUCAUGGCAAUCAAAGACCUCAAAGAGAAGGACAUGUCCACCUUCUCUGACAGUUUUUACAAGUUAGCAACUCAUGUGGAUGAACGUGCAAAAGCUAUAGAUAGCUGCAAACAUCCCGUGUCUGCCCGCAAUGCCUUCUUCCGCGCUGCGACCUACUAUCGAGCAGCCGACUUUUAUCUGCACGGCAACUCGUCUGACCCCAGAAUCGACGCAUACUGGAAACUCCAUCGAUCAGCUUUUGACAAGGCCUUGAAUCUUAUGGAUAUUCCAGGCAAGCGCACCAAUCUCACAUCGACAGACAGUAAUAUUACGAUACCUGCCAUCUUCUACAGUAGCGGCAAACCAGGGCCACGGCCAACUAUUAUCCUCUGCAAUGGAUACGACGGCUCUCAAGAAGAACUGUACCAUUUUUUGGGAAAAUCGGCGCUGGAGAGAGGCUACAACGUAAUCACGUACGAAGGGCCGGGUCAACCUACAGUUCGGCGCGAUCAAGGAUUGGGCUUUAUCCCCGACUGGGAGAAGAUUGGCGUCCCUGUCAUUGACUACGCAGCUAGCUUAACACAAGUGGACAAAAGCGCGAUGGUAGUCAUGGGCGUUAGCCUUGGUGGCUACCUGGCCACUCGUAUCGCUGCCUUCGACAAUCGGCCCGUGGCGGUUGUUGCGAUCGAUGGUAUCUACGACUACCAUGACGUACUCACCUGUUCGAUGAACCCCAAGCUUCUUGAAAUUCUGAAUAAAGGUGAUAAAAGCACCUUUAACAACCUCGUCAUGAAAAACAAAGACAAUCUUGAUACAACGGCUCGAUGGGGCUUGGAUCAGGGCUUGUGGUCGUUCAAGAGCGAGUCGCCUUUCGACUACUACACCAUGGCGAAGAGCUACACACUUACCGGCUUAACGGACAAAAUCAAGGCACCUGUUUUUAUUGGUGAUCCAGAACAAGACAUCUUCUUCCAAGGUCAACCAAAAAUGCUUGCCAAGCCCCUCGGGGCUAAUGGGACACUCUUCAGCUACAACACGGCUGAUGCUGCGCAUCUUCAUUGCUCAGAAGGGGCAACGGUGUACUUGAGCCAGACUGUAUAUGAUUGGCUGGAUAAAAUUGUUUCUCAAUAGAAGUAUACUUGGCAUGUUUAGAUUAGACCGGUAUUUUGGAUUAUCUCCAAUAUACAGUACCUUUGACCUUUU